AUGAAGCUCCAUCUCUUUUCGUCCUUUCUCAUAGCGACCACCACCGCCUUACCACAAGCCAUCCCUCACGAUGAAUGCCCAGUUAACACAACGAGUGGCCUCAUCAUAGGCCAUCCCUCACACGAUCGUCCCUGCGUCGAUGAGUAUCUAGGGAUUCGAUACGGGAAGGCUGAUAGAUUCAUGCCUUCGCAAGCAUACAGCAGCAAAGAGGCGCAUCACGCCGACAAUUUUGGCAAUGAAUGUCCAUGCGAGAACGGCGUCAAUGGCGAGUUGCCUGGUCAGCAGAACACCGAGACGGAGUCUCGCAUCAUGGGAUACUUCUUGGAGAUCUAUAAGAAUGUGACAAUGUCGGAUGAUUGUCUUUUUCUCAAUGUCUGGUCGAAGCGCAAUAGCAAUGACCGGAAGCUCAAGCCAGUGUUUGUCUGGGCUUACGGAGGGCACUGGGCAACUGGCCAAACAAACACACCAUUCUACUAUGGACAAUACCUCGCCGACCAAGAAGACAUUGUCGUUGUCACCUUCAACUACCGCUUCAGCAUUUUCGGCUUUGGCAAGGACAGCGAAGGCCUGAAAGACGGGCGCUUGGCACUCGAGUGGGUGCGAAACAACAUCAAGGCGUUUGGUGGCGAUCCAGAGCAGAUCACACUAGGUGGACAUUCGGCUGGGGCCUUCCUCGCGGAUAUACUUUCCUUUGCGUAUCCUCAAGAUCCGAUCGCACAAUCAUACAUCCUGCAGUCUGGCACAGCUACAACCCUACCAGCGGGCGAUCCGUCCGUCAGAGACGAGGGAUUUCGCAACGUUUCGAAAGCCCUCGGUUGCAACGACGAGGUCGACGAGGUAGCAUGUCUGCAGAACAAAGACCUCCGUGAAGUCGCUGCGGCUGCUACCAAACAGCGAUAUCCCACUGGGAGCCUCAAAGUUGUAUUCGGUCCGACGAUAGACAACAAGACCGUCUUUACUCCCUCAGAGUAUGCUCGCCGUGGCAAAGAAGGAACAUUUGGAAAAGGCCCAACUCUACUUGGCAACGCAGACUACGAACAGGGCUUCUACAAGCUGCAAUACUGGGCUUUCGACAAGCUGCACCUCGCUGAGAAGUUUUUGUACUCUCUCGUUCAGCGCAUCGCAACUUGUCCAGCAGCGCAAGCUGCAGAGUGGCGAGCGAAGACUGCUCCCACCUGGCGCUACCGCUACUUCGGCGAAUACCCAAGUCUGGCUCUGUAUGGUCCCAACGUGAAUGGAUCAUCCCCAGGUUCACAAGCAUACCAUGGGUCUGAGCUGACCCUCGUCUGGGGAACAUACGAGCCCUUGACCUUGGUGGCUGGAAACGCUGAGUUGAAGGCGAUGUCCAAGUACAUGAUGAACGCUUGGGCAGCUUUCAUCCGCGAUCCACAUCAUGGGCUCGAGGCAUUCGGCUGGCCAAAGUAUAAUGCCAGCGGCGACACAUUGGUCCAUCUGGGCAAGAAUGAUGCAGCUUGGAUGGAGCUGGGUAACUCGUCUGAGUACGAUCACCUUGGCGACGUUUCCUGUGCGACGGUCAUGCUGGACAACAAGUAG